UCUCCUGGCUAUAUAUACAGAGCCUCUGGUUUCGCCUGAUCCGCACCCUCAUCGCAUUUCCUGAAGGCGUCUUAAUAAACGCCGAUCCUCCGAGCUCUCUCCUCUCCUCCAUUUCUAGGGUUUCUCUGUUGCUUUUUUCUACCAGCGAAAAUGAGAGAGUGCAUCUCGAUCCACAUCGGUCAGGCCGGUAUCCAGGUCGGAAAUGCCUGCUGGGAGCUCUACUGCCUCGAGCACGGCAUCCAGCCUGAUGGCCAGAUGCCAGGUGACAAGACUGUUGGCGGAGGUGACGAUGCCUUCAACACCUUCUUCAGUGAGACUGGUGCUGGGAAGCACGUCCCUCGUGCUGUCUUUGUUGACCUUGAGCCCACUGUCAUUGAUGAGGUGAGGACUGGAACUUACCGCCAGCUGUUCCACCCUGAGCAGCUCAUUAGUGGCAAGGAAGAUGCUGCCAACAACUUCGCCCGUGGCCACUACACAAUUGGGAAGGAGAUUGUGGAUCUCUGCUUGGACAGGAUCCGCAAGCUUGCUGACAACUGCACCGGGCUCCAGGGCUUCCUUGUCUUCAACUCUGUUGGAGGCGGUACUGGCUCUGGUCUCGGUUCCCUUCUCUUGGAGCGUCUCUCUGUGGACUAUGGCAAGAAGUCCAAGCUCAGCUUCACUGUUUACCCCUCUCCCCAAGUUUCCACCUCUGUUGUGGAACCCUACAACAGCGUCCUUUCAACCCACUCCCUCCUUGAGCACACCGAUGUUGCUGUUCUCCUCGACAAUGAAGCCAUCUAUGACAUCUGCAGGCGGUCCCUUGACAUUGAGCGCCCCACCUACACCAACCUUAACCGCCUGGUCUCUCAGGUGAUCUCAUCCCUCACUGCCUCACUGAGGUUCGAUGGUGCCCUGAAUGUGGAUGUGACUGAGUUCCAGACCAACCUUGUGCCCUACCCAAGGAUCCACUUCAUGCUUUCCUCGUAUGCUCCUGUGAUCUCAGCUGAGAAGGCCUACCAUGAGCAGCUCUCUGUGGCCGAAAUCACCAACAGUGCCUUUGAGCCUUCGUCCAUGAUGGCCAAGUGCGACCCCCGCCAUGGCAAGUACAUGGCUUGCUGCCUCAUGUACCGUGGAGAUGUCGUCCCCAAGGACGUGAAUGCUGCUGUGGCCACGAUCAAGACCAAGCGCACAAUCCAGUUCGUGGACUGGUGCCCCACUGGGUUCAAGUGCGGUAUUAACUACCAGCCACCGACUGUGGUGCCAGGAGGAGACCUUGCUAAGGUCCAGAGGGCAGUAUGCAUGAUCUCCAACUCCACUAGUGUUGCUGAGGUGUUUGGUCGUAUUGACCACAAGUUUGAUCUUAUGUAUGCCAAGAGGGCCUUCGUGCACUGGUACGUGGGCGAGGGCAUGGAGGAAGGGGAAUUCUCUGAGGCUCGUGAGGAUCUUGCUGCACUGGAGAAGGACUACGAGGAGGUGGGAGCGGAGUCUGCUGAGGGUGAAGAUGGGGAUGAAGGAGAUGAGUAUUGAUGCAGUCAUUGAAUCUGUGUUUGUAUUUCUCCGAGUCUACCGUUAUGGUCUGUCUUAGUUUCUUCUGAUGUUGUUGUUUUGGACAUAUCUCCCGAGACUAUGGAUGUUUGUGCUUAUUCUAAAGCACUUCUGUUAUGUGAACCUCCUAUUACUAUCUCGAUGAUAUUACUGCUAUUAUAAAGUCUUGCCCAAGUAAA